UUUGAGUGCAUUUCGUUCAGUCGUUCGUUCGUGUUUGAGUUGUGAGUUUAUGAUUGUUGGAAGUUAUUUUUCUAUCAAAAACCGAUUGUAAUAAAAACCAAUUUUUGGAAAGUCAAUUCAAAUUUUUAUCGACCGGUCAAAGUGAAUAUUGGAUAUUCGUAGCGUAACGAUCGAUUUGUGUCAGGAAUUACCAACAAGUACAUUCGUCUAUACUGUUGAAUACGUGCUAUUCUCAGAAAAUUGAGCAACCAUAUUAAAAUACAUUUCAACUGUAAGGUAGCCAGACACUGAACAAAUAUGGGGGCCUGUGGUGUAUCGUGUGUCAAAUAUCUCGUAUUUGUAUUCAAUCUACUGUUUGCGUUGACUGGCUUAGCGAUUCUAUGCGUUGGCGCCAUCAUUCAAUCGGCGUAUCAUCACUACUCCACGUUUGUUGGGGCUAGUUUCUGGUCGGCACCGAUACUGCUGAUUGUUGUCGGUGCUAUCAUAUUCAUAAUUUCAUUCCUUGGUUGCUGCGGAGCAUUGAAGGAAAACUCAUGCAUGGUGUUGACUUUCUGCAUUCUCUUGGUGGUCAUCUUUUUGUGUGAAUUGGGUAUUGGCAUUGCUGGCUAUGUCAAACACGACCAAUUGGAGGGCAUUCUGGAGACCGGAUUCAACAAGACAAUGGCUGAGUACAGCAAAAACGAGGAAGCAUGGGAUUUGGUCCAGAAGGAGAUGCACUGCUGCGGUAUCAAAGGUCCAGCGGACUAUCAGCCAAUUUUCCAAAAUAAUUCGUUGCCGAACUCUUGCUGUACGAAGUUCCCUCCAAAUUCUAAUGUUUGCACUCAACAAAAUGCCCUUCAGGAUGGAUGUAUGCCAAAAUUGUUGCAAUUCUUGGAAUCAAAAUCGCUGAUACUUGCUGGAGUUGGUAUUGGAAUUGCAUUGAUUCAGCUGAUUGGCGUUUGUUACGCAUGCUGUCUGUAUAGAGCGUUCAGACGUAACUACGAAACCGUUUAAGCAUCGCCAUCACACAGCAAUAAAAGGAAAAAUUGAGAAGGAAAAUGAAAAAAGAAAAGAAAA